AUGGCGGAGACACAAAACAGCCGAGCGAAAGGGAAAUCUCUAGGAAAGUAUUGCGUUGCUGGUGGACCUGGCAAUGUCAGUUGCAAAAAUAAUUCAAAAACUGAAGGAAUAUCGAUGCAUCGUUUCCCUAGCGAUAGUUUUUUACGGGCAAAAUGGACUACGUUUGUCCAAAGACAUCGCGCACAAUGGAAGCCAUCUAGCACUUCGGUGCUUUGCUCGGCUCACUUUGUUCUCACAGAUUUUGAACAACGGCUUGAUCUAAAUCUACAAGACGCCGAAAAAUUCACCACGAAAAGAUGGCUGAAGAAAGGCUCGAUACCAAGUGUGGAUUGCGUUGUUUUAGAGCCACAAGCCCAGGAGAUUUCCGCUUGUGAAAGAAGAAAGGUAUAAAUAAAUAAUUAUGCAUAAAUUGUUUGUGUGCGCCAUCUUACAUUAUUCAUAACAUAAAUCGACACUCUUGACGGCAUAAACUAAAGGCCCGUUUACACUAUGUGUGUAUAUAAGUUUAAAAUAGUAAUUUUUGUUGCUAGUUAAUUCGCUACCGAAGGCAAAAUAUAAGAAAAAUAUAACUUAUAACUAAUAUUAACUAUCGAUAAGAAAGCAUGGAUUUGAUGUAUAAACGUUUAUAAUAUAGUCAUGCAGAUGUGAUAUUUUGUAUGUCAAUAUGAGUAUGCAAGAUCGGUUAACUGUAGGAAUGGGUUACACAUACUGUAGAUUAAUAAUCUGCAAUAUGUUAAGUAUCAGAGUAAUCAAGAAAUAUAUACAUAAUUUAUAAAAUAGAUGUUUUGAUGUUAAAUUUUAAUCAAGAUUUCCUGGUGCUUCUGCAGACUGUACGUAUGUAUUGGGCUACCUUGUUGUAUAUACUGUAAACAUUUUUUGUUCCAAUCUUUAGAUUGUUCGAAGCAUUGACUUGAAACCUGAAAGCUCUGUCACAACGAAUGAUGGUAUCGACUCGGGGGUACUUCUUGCACAAGAGGUAGAAAAUGAUCAGUCUUAUCCACAACCAGACACAGAGCUACCAACUGUUACUGCAACUUCUACAGCUAUGUCAGAAUGUCAGAAUUGUGCUAAUCACAAAACAAAGUUUGCUCAUCUUCAUGAAACGUAUCGAAAGCUGAAAUACAGGCACAGAAAAUUGCGUAAAGAAGCCCAUCAAUUGCAACAAAUGUGCAACGUUCAGGUACUCUAUGUGAUAAUAUAAUGCUUUGGAUAAUGGUAAAACUAAUUUGGCUAAUUAACCCAUUAGCUGGCAAUGCACCCAGAUGUACCCUAUUCUAGUAUCUUACGCUGUCCAACCCCAGACAAUUUCACUUGUCGGUCCAGUUAAUGGGUUAAAUAAUGUGCUGUGAAAAAAUGUAUGUUCAACUACCGAAAUUUCCAAUGUUUAUUUGUUGGACGUUCUGUAAUGAAAUAGAUCAUAUUGUGUAAUGUAAACUGAUAAAGUUUUUCUCAAUUUCUAGAAAUCUGAAAAUAAAAAUUCAAAUUCAUCAGAAGAUUGCCAACAAACAGCGAUUCAAGAAGAGGUUGAGACUGAUAGUGAUGAAAUUAUCAGUGACGAUGAAGACGAGAAAGUUGGUGUGUACGAGAGAGAUGAAGAUUGGGUAGUGAUGGAAGAAGAAAUGAACGAAGAGGAUUAUGUCACUGCUUCUGAAGAUGAACAAAUGAAUGAACCAUCAAAAUGUGAUAUAAGGUCUGUAUAG